AUGGAAAGUGUCUUUACUAGAGCCUUCGUGUACAGCGUCGUCUAUCAACUUCUAUUUUUCACUGCCUCGGUUGUGCUCGGCACUGACAAACUAACUGACUUCGCUGGUGGCACGAACUUUUUCCUCCUGGCCCUCUACUGUUGCUUGCAGUGUGAACGGAGGACGUUCCGCCUUAAAGUUCUCACAACGCUCAUCAGCGUUUGGGCGUUUCGUUUAUCGUGCUUCCUUUUGUACCGCAUUAUACUGUGGUCAGAGGAUCGGCGUCUGAAGGAGUUCCGCGCUAGCAUUUGGAAGCUAGCGAGUUUUUGGUUCGUUCAAGCGGUAUGGGUUUGGGUCACAUCGUUCCCCGUGUUGGCACUCGGCUCGGAAACCUCUCAAGCACUUCCGGUCAAGCCCUUGUGUACUCUGGAUUACGCUGGCUGGCUUCUCUGGCUUGGCGGUCUCCUGUUAGAAACCGUGGCGGAUUUUCAAAAGUUACAACACAAGAAGAGAGCACCGGAACUGAAUAAAACUCCUUGGUGCACGGAUGGCGUCUGGCGCUUCUCACGGCACCCGAACUAUUUCGGGGAGCUAUGUGUUUGGUGGGGAAUAUUCCUAUCCAGUUACGCUGGAGUCGAGGACUCAUUCCCGUUGUUCGUUGCCGCAAUCGCAUCUCCUGUUUUCGUUAUGUUGUUGCUGCUCUUUGUCAGCGGCAUGCCUUUGCUGGAACAGUCUAUGAAUCGAAGGUACCAAGGAAAUACGAAGUUUGAGAAUAGAGACGGACGUGAAACGGAAGCUCAAAGACUUGCAGAAGCAUUCAAGGCGUACAAGAACUGCACUAGCCCGUUGAUUCCGCUACCACCGUUGGUGUACGCAUCACUGCCGACAGUCAUCAAGCGAACAGUUUUCUUCGAGUGGAAGAUCUACGAGGCGGAAUCAGCUCCUAACGAGUCCCAGAGCGACCGCUCCCGCGAUUCAUCGAACGCUCGCAUGUAG